AUGUAUAUCUAUUUUGCAGUUAUUCCUCUUCAUUCGCAUGCUUUGUCUGUUACUGUGUUCAAUGGAUUGAACUUCUCUGAAUGGCAUGAACAAGUCCAGUUUCACUUAGGUGUGCUGGAUCUUGACUUGGCUCUACUGAAUGACAAAUCUACUGCCAUUACUAAUAAGAGCAGUGAGGAUGAGAAGUUCUUUCAUAAAUCAUGGGAACGCUCUAACAGAUUAAGCCUUAUGUUCAUGCGAAUGAUUGUUGCUAACAACAUUAAGAGUACUAUUCAACAAAUAGAAAGUGUCAGGGAAUACCUGAAGUUUGUGGAAGAAUGUUUUCGUUCUACACUAAUGGCUGAACUCACGACCAUGAAGUUUGAUGGGUCUCGUAGUAUGCAAAAUCAUAUCAUUGAGAUGACUAACAUUGCAGCAAGACUUCGGACUUUGGGGAUGAAAGUGGAUGACACCUUCUUGGUUCAGUUUAUUCUGAACUCAUUUCCUCUUGAGUAUGGACCAUUCCAAAUUAACUAUAACACAAUUAAGGAUAAGUGGGAUGUUAGUGAAUUGUCGAGUAUGCUUACUCAAGAGGAGUCAAGACUUAAGAAAUAG